GCGCCGAGCACCGGCCGAGCUGCGGGCAGCGCUCGGCAGCGGGCACACCCCACCCGCCUCCUCCUCCUCCUCCUCCUCCUCCUUCUCGCUUCUCCUCCUCGCUUCUCCUCCUCCGGCCGCUUCUCCGUCUCCUCCGGCGCUCCCCGCUCCGCCGGCCGCGCCAGCCGCAUGCCCGUGCCGAGAGCUCCAUGAGGGACCUGCACAAGGCUGAGGUGCUGGGGAGCAAGCGCGGCCUGAUGUCAUGGCGGCCGCAGUACCGCAGCUCCAAGUUCCGGAAUGUCUACGGGAAGGCGGCGAGCCGGGAGCACUGCUUCGACGGAAUUCCCAUCACCAAGAACGUCCACGACAACCAUUUCUGCGCCGUCAACGCGCGCUUCCUGGCCAUCGUCACCGAGAGCGCCGGCGGCGGCUCCUUCCUCGUCAUCCCGCUGGAGCAGACUGGCCGGAUCGAGCCGAACUAUCCCAAAGUUUGUGGUCACCAGGGAAACGUGCUGGACAUCAAGUGGAACCCCUUCAUUGAGAACAUCAUCGCCUCCUGCUCCGAGGACACCUCGGUGCGGAUCUGGGAGAUUCCGGAGGGAGGGCUGAAGCGGAACAUGACGGAGGCGGUGCUGGAGCUGUACGGACACAGCCGCCGCGUCGGGCUCGUCGAGUGGCACCCCACCACCAACAACAUCCUCUUCAGCGCCGGCUACGACUACAAGGUGCUGAUCUGGAACCUGGAGAUCGGCGAGCCGGUGAAGAUGAUCGACUGCCACUCGGACGUGAUCCUCUGCAUGUCCUUCAACACGGACGGCAGCCUCCUGGCCACCACCUGCAAGGACAAGAGGCUGCGCGUGGUGGAGCCGCGCUCCGGGCGGGUCCUGCAGGAGGCCAGCUGCAAGAACCACCGCGUCAACCGCGUGGUUUUCCUGGGAAGCACCAAACGGCUCCUGACCACGGGUGUGUCCCGCUGGAACACCCGGCAGAUCGCCCUCUGGGACCAGGAAGAUUUAUCCAUGCCUUUGAUCGAGGAGGAGAUCGAUGGGCUCUCGGGGCUCCUCUUCCCCUUCUACGACGCUGACACUCACAUGCUGUACCUGGCUGGGAAGGGCGACGGCAACAUCCGGUACUACGAGAUCGGCUCGGAAAAGCCCUACCUGAGUUAUCUCAUGGAAUUCCGCUCGCCGGCUCCGCAGAAGGGACUGGGGGUGAUGCCGAAGCACGGCCUGGACGUCUCCGCCUGCGAAGUUUUCCGGUUCUACAAACUCAUCACCCUCAAGGGGCUCAUUGAGCCCAUCUCCAUGAUUGUCCCGAGGCGGUCGGAGACGUACCAGGAGGACAUUUAUCCCAUGACUCCGGGGACGGAGCCAGCCCUGACCCCGGACGAGUGGCUCAGUGGGGUCAACAGAGGUAAAACCACCAGGGGGGUAUCCCAGAAAUAUCCGGGACGUGGGAAAAGACCACCACUUCCUGCUGAUCCGCGCUCUCCCACAGAUCCCAUCCUGGUGUCGCUGAAGGAGGGAUACAAGAGGAAUUCCAAGAUUGUCUUCAAGGCGCCGGUGAGGGAGAAGAAAAGCGUGGUGGUCAACGGGAUCGACCUCCUGGAGAACGUCCCACCCCGCACGGAGAACGAGCUGCUCCGGAUGUUCUUCCGGCAGCAGGACGAGAUCCGGCGGCUGAAGGACGAGCUCUCGCAGAAGGACAUUCGGAUCCGGCAGCUGCAGCUGGAAAUAAAGAACUUCCGGAACAGCCCCAAGAACAAUUGACUCCAGGGACGUUUUCUAAAGAAAUUCCUUUGUUUCUACUCCUGAAAUCCUUGGAUCCACUCACCCAGAACACAAUUCCGGAGUCCGCGGCUGCCGAGAGCCUGGAAUCACGUCCUGCGUGUCUUGUCCGGCACUAAUCCCGCUCUAACCUGAUUCCUGGGAAAGCCUGGAGGCUCCCAGUAAGUCGGAGCCAUGUCCUGUCCGUUGGGAUGAGCCAGCCCGGGGCAGAUUCCCGGGAAAGCGCGACGCUUCCUUGCUAUUAAUUUUUUUUCCUAUGCAAAAAUGUGACAGUGGGAGCGGAACUGGAAAAGGGGCGGGAAGUGGGAAGGGCUUGAUCGUCCAAGGGGGUUUCCGUGUGGGAAUCCGGGAUCCUUCCCGUGCUGGGAAACUGGGAUCAUUCCCAUGGGAGCAGGACAGGAUCCUUGCUGUGGUGGGAAACUGGGAUCAUUUCCACAGUGGGAAAUUUCCACAUGGGAUCCUUCUCAUUAUCCUUGCCCAUGUUGGGUGCCCGGGACUCUUCCCCCAGUGGGAUCCCGGGAUCCUUGCUGUGAUGGGAAACUGGGAUCAUUCCCAUGGUGGGAACCUGGGAUCCUUCCCGCAGCUGGAGCCCGGGAUCUGUCCCAGGAUCCUUUCCCAUGGUGGGAAUCUGGGAUCCUUCCCAUGGUGGGAUCCUGGGAUAUUCCUGGGGGUGCUGCCCCAUGGAUGGAGCCCAAGGAAUGGAUCCUGAGGAUGGAUCCCGAGGGAUGCCCCUGGAGCUUGCCAGGCUCAGCACUUUGGACAAUCCCAGGACUGACGGGAUUUGCCUGGAGCACAGGGAAUGACACCAAUUCCCAUUGGUUUUUCCUGGAGAUCCCAGUUCCCACUCAGUCCGAGCUGCUGAAGUUCCCGGCGUUCCCAGCGCGGGUCUGUCCCGUCCGUGUCCUGCGUUCCCGGCGUUCCCUGCUGCGUUCCAUGUGCUGUCAUUCCCGAUUAUUUAUGCUCCCACGGGAUAGUGAUGGAAUAAAAUCUUUUCAGAA